AUGAAGGAAGAUGAGGAAGUAGAGAUGAAGGAGGAAGUGGAAGAAGAAGAGGAGAUAAAGGAAGAGGAGGACGUAGAGGAAAUUAUGAAAGAGGAGGAAAAAGAAAAGCCUAAGUUAGAGGAGGAAGAAGAAGAUGAGAUGAAGGAAGAUAAAGAAGUAGAUGAAAUGAAUCAGCAGGAGCAAAAAAACGAAGAAAUGAAAGAGUAG